AUGAAUUUGUAUGAUAUUGCUGCAUGUAUUAUCAGCGCAUUUGUAAUCAUUGGUCUGAUUGCCGUCUUCUUGAUGUAUCUGUUUUGGAAACGCUGUCGUAAAUGGUUUUCAAAGAUGCCAACGAGAGGACAUAAGAUCGGUUUUAUUAUUGCUCAUGUUAUCGUAUUUGUUUUGGCUGCUACUUGUGUUGUUACUGGAGUUUUUUUGGGUUGGAAAUCGCAAGGCACUACUACCGAAAAUCCGAAUGGCCAAAUUAUUCAUGAAAUCAAGACAGAGGCAAACAGUGAGUGAAAUAACACAUUUUGAGGUGUUAAAUUGAGACAAAUUACCAUUUUUAGCUCUCAACACAAUUGCCAUUGAUGCCGAAAAUAAACUGAGAGAUGUUCCAAAAAUGCCGACGGAUGAUGAGAUCAAAAAAACACUGAGUUUUUCGGAUAUUGAGAAACUUCUCAGAAAUGGAACCAGCACUGAUUUUCCGGCCACUUCAUAUGAUUCUCACGAGUUAUUAAAAGUUUGCAAAACUUUAGAUGAUCUACAAACAAGUGAAUCUACCUGUGAGGAAUUUCGUGAGGUUUCGAAAGAGACCUAUCCAUUUUUUGAAAAUGUCAAAAAGUCACUGCCAGUUUUGAAAGAGAAUUUAAUGGAUUUUCUCAGAAGUUUCCAAGAGAAAAUCAAUACUGAUUAUCAGAAAAGAACUGAAGGAUUGACAACCGAAUUGGAGAAGAUGAAAAAACACGGUGAAAACAUCGGAAUGGUAAUUCAUUUUCGUACUCAAAAUGUGUUUGAAGGUAGAAUGCGAAAGAAAUACAAGUUCUCCUUAUUUCCGGGUUUUUGCUACACUUCGAGAAAACUCGUUUGUUGAAAAAAUCAAGAAAAGCUAACAUCGGAGAAAAAAUAACAGGAACACAUUAGCGUUCUCGUAUGUAUCAAGUGAGCAAACCACACCUCGGCCAAAAUCGUGGUUCCCACAAUAAAAAAUUGUACGCUGACUUUUUACAGUACAAAAAUUAUGAAUUUUUCAGUUUUUGUCCUCUAAAAACUGAAAUUCAGAUUUUUCAAAAAAUUGUACUCUGGCCAGCCACGACUUGGCCGAAGUGUGGAGCAAACACGCUCUAGUGAACAGCCGGAAAAUUGAAUUUUCUGCGUUUUUUUUAAUUUUAGUCAAAAAAGAUUUUGAACACAAACGCUUGAUAAAAAAGGAGAAGAUUCUCUACGUAUUUAGUAAUGAAAGGUCUUGAAAUUAGGUAGUUUCAGUCUGUUUAUCACAUUUCAAAAUUAAGAUGAGCAAAAUAUCGAAAAAAAAUUGCAUACUAAUAUAGUCAUAUAAUAUCUCUCAACAGUUCAAAAUGUUGGGUUUCCGUUGAAAAUGUGAAACAACCCAAAUUCACACACUUUUCACAAACACACGAAUUGAUGCGCAAUUGCGUACGCUCGUUUGGGUUUUUCGCAUAUUCCAGCUUUAAUUAUCUUUAUUUUUUCAGCGUUUGACAAAAGAUUGGAAAAAUGCUGUGGUUCAAAUUGGUCGUGUUGUUGAUAGAAAAACCAAAAAAGUGGAUGGCCAAGAAUUAUCCAAUCUUUUAAGCAAUAUUGGAUUAUGGUAUAUUCCACUUGGUGUAAUUCUUAUUUUCAUUAUUUUAUCAAUUUCACUCCAAUUCACAAAUGACAAAUCUCGAAAAAACCGAUGUCUUUUCAUCUUCACUCAUAUCAUGUUCUAUGUAAUUGUAUUGUUGAUUUGUGCUUGUGCUGGUUUCAUUAUUUAUCAAGCUAUUGUUGGCAAGAAUGUGGAUGAAUCGUCAAUUUCUGAUGAACAUACGAAAUUGUUUGACUUCAAAAUUCCUUUAUACGGUGGUACCAUGAAAUCUUCCUUUGAAAUACUCUCAAAAUCGUCUGGAAAAUUAUUUGAUUCGCCAAAUGAUGACAUUUUGAUUGGAAACGUUGAAUUUUUUGACAAUUUGGAAAAGGAACUAGUGCAAGAUUUGGAAAAAUUUAAGCAGGAGGAAGAAAUUAAGAUGAAAUAUAUGGAGAAUACUCGAAGUCUGUUGAAUUCGUGGGAGAGUAUUGAACGAUUUAUCAUCAAUUUGAAGGACAUAAAAUCUAAACACGCGAACAAAUGUAUUUCGUCUAUCCCUGCUAUAGAUGGAUUUUUGGCCGAAUUCAACAAAAUUGGAAGUCUUGUAAAAACCUUCGAAAUGUUGAAGACAAAUAUGAACGCGUGGAGAGAAAUGUCUGUUAGAUUGAGAAAAAUUGUGAAACAAGCUUCGAAAGAGAUGAAAGAUUCGAUGGAAAAACAAAGAGCGCAUAUUAAUGUGAGUUCUUGAUAACAAAAAAUAAUUUAUAAGGAAAUAAUGUAUGAUUUUGCAGGAUGGAAUCAACAUCUUGAACAUCGACUGUAAAACCACCAUGGCAACAUUGAACAAGAUCAAUACCAUCGAAACAGCAAAAAAUGAUGGUGAAACUAAGAAGGGAAUUAUUGGAUUGUUGAGCUGCUUUGUUUUGUUGAAUUGCUUUGUUUGUGAAGUUUUGUUCCUUCACACUUACAACAAAUUUGCCGCCACUCCGGUUGUAGCAGGUCAAUUAAUCAGAAAGGAUGGAAGACCAGAUUGGAUUAAAAGUGUUCUGAAGAAAGUAAGAACUUUGUACAAAAAAAAAACUAUUUAUUCUAUUUUAUUUACAGACUUGUGCCGAGAUUUAUCACAGCUUUGAGGAAUUAGUUCAAAGAUUGUUGAUUCAUGAGGAAAAAUUGACAAGAAAAGAACUUGUAAGUCAACGGAGUCAACGGAGUUUCAAAACAUAUCAAGCCUAUUUCAGAUAGCUUUCGGUUCAACAAUCAGAUAUCCAUCGAUAGACCUCGUUAAAAAUACAAGAGUUUUAUUGAAAAACAAGGAUUCGAGCAAGUAUUUGGUGCACGCCAAUUUUGUAACAAUGCCAAAUGCCCAGGUAGUUGAUGGAAAGCGUAAGCCUAAGUAUAUUGCUGCGAGUGGACCAACGAAAAAAGGAAUCGAGCUGUUCUUACACAUGAUAUACACUGAACAAGUGAGUUGUCUUAUUAUGUAUUGAUUUUUUUCUGAUUAACUUAUUUAGGUUAAUGUUGUAUUGAUGUUAUGUCGAUUGGUGGAAGAUGGAAAAUCAAAAUGUGCUCAAUAUUAUCCGGAAAAGAUGCAACAAACAAUGAAGUUCGGUGAAUAUUCGAUUAAAUUGGUUGACAUCAAAAAGACGGCGUUCAAAGAGUAUACAUGUCGGGUAUUGGAAUUGAGUUGUGGAAAAGAGAGAAGGACCAUCAAUCAAUUCCACUACACCGAAUGGCCAGAUCACCACAUUCCCGAAAAUCCUGAAACUGUCUUGGCAAUGAUGAGUGCGGCAACAAGUUUGCAGGGAAAUGCACCAAUUGUUGUCCAUUGUAGUGCAGGAGUUGGACGUACUGGAACAUUGAUUGCCAUCGACUUUUGCUCGGAAAUCCUCCAAGGUUUUGCCGAUAUAACUUUGUUUGAAAGUUUGCGACAAUUGAGAAAUAUGAGGGAAUCGUCGGUUUAUACCGCAAUUCAAUUUGUAUUUCUCUAUGCUGCCUUGAUGAAAUUGUUCCACAAUGUAAGUUUAAUUUUAUUAUCUACAAUUAAAUCCGGAAAUAAAAACGAUAUAUUUCAGCAAGACUUGGUUAGCGCCAGCGAAAAUCAAAGAAUUCUUUUCGGAUUAUGA